AUGUGUCUGUCUUCUCCUCUCCAUCUGUACACUGUAAAGUCCUAUAAUGUUUCCCUGUUGUCUCCAGAAAUACACAAAACUCACUGCUGUGUCCCCUCUCCUUCCCCUCUUUCCUUCGUCUCUUCACUUCAGACUCUGAUCAGCUGUGACACUAUGCAUCAUGGUCCGUCUCUCUGCAUGGACUGUGUCCCUCCGGCUCAGACCUCUGGCGGACGGGCUUCAGUGACACUUUGUUUAAAUGCUUUACUCCAAGUGAAGGUUGUAGGACCUCACAAGCGCUAUCCCAAAGCAAAAAUCCAAAUAUUUAACUUUUGA